AUGUGGGAGGACUUGGUUCUUAGGUCCAUUGCUAAGAUCGACAGGAACGACUUCUUGCGCUAUUUUCCCCUCGUCUGCCUCCCCAAGGUCGGCCCUUCGGAGGAUCCUCUGGCGGGACUCGAGACGUUUGAUGGUCCGGGGCCCUGGGACAGGACCUUGCUGGAGAUAGAGGUGGAGAACCCCAUGGACCUUGCGGCUGGCCGCAAGAAGAUGCUCGUAUUCUCCGGGAACGACUACUUGAACCUCUCCUCCCACCCCGCCGUACGCCAGGCCGCCGCCAAGGUCUCCGCGGCUCCAAAUGGCUUCCUUAGAUCCCUAAAAAAAACACUUUUUUCUUCGAUGAAGAUUAUUUCUCUCCUGUCUUAAUGGUCUCUCGCCUCGGUGAGACAUGCAGGCCGCGUUAGCGUACGGCAUGGGCCCGAGAGCGUCCUCUCUGAUCACUGGCCACACAGACUACCACCGCCUGCUGGAGAGCAAUUUGGCGGAGAUGCACAAGAAGGAGGCCUGCAUUAUCACCCCCACGGGCUUCGCCGCCAACACGGCCUUCCUCUCGGCUCUGGGGAGCAUCGCCUCCCUCACUUCGGCCGGCAGAAGGCCGGCUAAACACGAGAAGAUAGCCAUCUUCUCCGACGGCCUCAACCACGCUUCCAUCAUCGACGGGCUGCGCAUGGUGGAUCGUCACCAGGAAGCCGACGUCAUUGUGUACAGGCACAACGACAUGGGCCACCUCGACGAGCUCCUCUCCAACUCCCCCGCUGAGAGGAAGGUCGUCUACACCGACAGGCAAGCACAAGGGAUCCCUUCCCUCCUCUGGAUUGACUUCAUACCCCACCUGCUACCAUGCAAAACCUAAUUAGAUUUCGUUUCUCUGCCGUAGAACAGCAUCUUCAGCAUGGAAGGAGACUUCGCCCCUAUGCUGGAGCUAGUUCAGCUCCGGAAGAAGCACGGGUUCCUUUUUGUCAUUGACGAUGUGAGUAAACAUCGAUGCAUCAUAUCCUCCGAUCAACAUGGUCGCGCCGUCUUUCUUAUAACUGUUCUUCAGUUUAGUGAUCGAUCUAUUUAACUUGCAGGCCCAUACGACGCUCGUCUGUGGCAAGCAUGGGGGCGGCAUUACGGAGGUCUACGGCAUCGAGGACCAGAUCGACAUAUGCGUUGGGAGCUUGAGCAAGGCCACCGGCUGUAUGGGGGGGUUCAUUGCUUGCAGCAAGAAUUGGAAGAAACUGAUCCAAGGGAAGGGCCGCCCUUACAUCUUUUCCACGGCGUCGCCGUUACCCGUCGUCGCCGGUUGCUGCGGUAGUUUCCCUUCCAUUUUGCCUCCCCCUAAUUGAUUCAUCGACGGAGUGGUAAGCACCGCCGAGUGACAAAGAUCUAAUCUUUUGUGGGGUGGGAAUGCAGCCGCUGUUAUGGUGGCGAAGAAGGAGUCCUGGCGCCGGGAAGCAGUGUGGAGGAGGGUGCAAGAGUUCUCUGCCAUGACUGGCCACCAAGUAUCAAGCCCCAUCAUUUCCCUCGUCGUAGGCACGGAAGAGGCGGCGCUGCGCGCUAGCAAGCACAUGCUGGACUGCGGAUUCCAUCUGACGGCGAUCAGGCCCCCGGCGGUUGCUCCUGAUGCUUGCCGGCUGCGUUUGACGCUGACGGCCUCCCACACCACGGAGGAUAUCAGGAGGCUCGUGGCUGCACUCUCCCAGUGCAUUCAUUCUUUUCCAGUGACGACAGAUCACAUCGCGGCUGGACUUCAGUUUCCCAAGCUCUAA